GUAAGCCCAACUAUUGAUAUCCAUUAUAUUCGCAGCACCGGUAGCUUAGGGCGACACUGCAUCUCUCUCUCUUUGUUGAACCUUUCUCUGAUUCCAAAACCCUGUCGCCGUCGUAACCAUGCCGCAAGGGGAUUACAUUGAGCGUCACCGAAGAGACUAUGGCUACCGCCUCGACCACUUCGAGCGCAAGCGCAAGAAAGAGGCUCGUCAAGUUCACAAGCGCUCUGCAAUGGCUCAGAAGGCUCUUGGUAUUAAGGGGAAGAUCAUUGCCAAGAAAAACUACGCUGAAAAGGCGCAGAUGAAGAAGACUUUGGCCAUGCAUGAGGAGUCAACUUCGAGGCGCAAGAGUGAUGAUAAUGUUCAGGAUGGAGCAGUUCCUGCUUAUCUUCUGGACCGUGAUAACACGACCAGAGCAAAGGUUCUCAGCAACACUAUUAAGCAAAAGAGAAAGGAGAAGGCUGGGAAGUGGGAUGUUCCUCUGCCUAAGGUGCGUCCUGUGGCUGAAGAUGAAAUGUUCAAAGUGGUCCGGUCUGGGAAAAGAAAGACCAAGCAAUGGAAGAGAAUGGUUACCAAAGCUACAUUUGUUGGGCCUGGUUUUACCAGAAAACCUCCAAAGUAUGAACGGUUUAUUCGUCCAACAGGAUUGCGGUUCACUAAAGCUCAUGUUACUCAUCCAGAACUUAAGUGCACAUUCAAUCUAGAAAUAAUUGGAGUAAAGAAAAAUCCUAAUGGUCCUAUGUACACCUCUCUUGGUGUCAUUACCAAGGGAACUAUAAUUGAGGUGAAUGUUAGUGAACUUGGUCUUGUCACACCUGCGGGGAAAGUUGUGUGGGGUAAAUACGCUCAAGUUACUAAUAACCCAGAAAAUGAUGGUUGUAUAAAUGCUGUUUUGCUUGUUUAAGGUCAUAGCAACGGUUGGAGUUCCAACGUGAAUUCAAAAUCGGUGGUCAAAGUUCCUCCCUCUCCUAUGUUCUUUGCUGUCUAAUACUAUAUGACAGUAUCACCACCGCAAAUGUUCGAGGUCCAGGGAAGUUGUCUGGGUAAACAGUGAAAGCAUUUUAAUUAUCAGAUUGCAAUACUGACAGAUUCUAUUAUUUUUUGGAUGUCAUUGCUAAUGGUCGGUUCUAGCUCCUGACAUUUUGAGGCAACUAUUGUACAAGAAUCAGACAAGUCAGAUAAAUUUAUAUAGUUUAUUUGUAAGACACUGCAUUUUAAGAUACUGCAUUUAUAGUUUAUGGUACGAAUAUUAUGUCAUGUAUUACCAAUUACCAAAUUUUAAUGAUUGCCCAAGUAGACUUUAUAAGCAA